UGCCGUCAUUCUAAUAACGAAACGCGAUUCCGCUUCCUGGAUGCUUUGAGUUUGAUCUAAUUUUUUCCAUUAAAAUGGGAAUCACUAAAUUAUCGGAUUUGAUUCGUGCUGACGCUCCAGAUUCGAUAUCUUACAAAGAGAUCGGAGAUUACAAUGGGAAAAUCAUCGCACUUGACACCUCCAUUAUUGUGAAUCAGUUCCGUUCAGCUCUUCCUAAUCUGAAUUUAAGCUUGUUAGGUGUCUUCUACCGCACUCUGACCUUCCUGGAGCACGACAUCAAGCCAGUGUUUGUGUUCGAUGGAGAUCCUCCUGAGCAGAAGAGAGCUGUGCUGGAGAAAAGAGCGCAGAAUGCAGGCUGGAGCGGUGCACAGCGUUCUCACACCUUGUCCUCUAAAACCCAGGAAUUCCUGCGUCUCCUCCAGCUCCUGGGUGUUCCUUGUGUCCAGGCUCCUGGUGAUGCUGAGGCAUGUUGUGCUCAGAUGGUGAGAGGUGGAGUGGUGGAUGCCGUGGCUUCAGAGGACAUGGACACGCUGGCGUUUGGAGGGAUGAUUCUCCUCCGUCAGCUCAACGCAAAGAAAGUGAGUGAGGUGAUGGAGUUCUCUCUGACAAAGUUACUGGAAACUCUACAGCUGACACAGAAAGAGUUUGUGGAUCUGUGUAUUUUACUGGGAUGUGAUUAUUGUGAUAAGAUCACAGGUUUGGGGCCGAGUCGUGCGCUGAAGCUCAUCCAGCAGCACCGCACUAUAGAGGACGUGAUGCUCAACAUCAACAGGAAGACACACCCAGUCCCUUUAGGCUGGCAGUACCAGGCUGCUCGGAGGCUGUUCCUGGACCCGCCCCAGUCUGAUCCUCCAUGUCUGCAGUGGAGUGAGCCGAACGAACAGGAGCUGGUAAACUUCCUGUGUCAGGAGAAACAUUUCAAGGAGGAGAAGGUUCGAGGGCGGAUGGAGAAGUUUCGGAAGAAUCUCGCACACAGGAGGAAAGAGAGAGAGGAGAAAAUGAGGGGAGGCAGACAGACGAGUCUGAAUGAAUUCUUUCGUCUAACUCGGAAAAGACGGUCUGCAGAAACAGGCCGAUCCACAGUCACAAAGAAACCCAACGUGAUCUGAUUCUGCUUUCUUAAGCCUUAAUGAUGGAGAAAAGUUGAUCAUUUCAGUCUGGAUCCUGUUUUAGUUUUUAUUUGACUUGUAAUUAAGAUGUAAAAGUGAAUUUCCCUGAUAAUAUUUUAUAAAACAUUUGAUCAUGUUAGACUUUGAGUUGUAUGUUACAUUACUUUAAUUACAAUUUACAUUGUAGUCCAAAGAUUUGAUCUUAAAAUAUAAUAUCAUUUUUGUUCA